AUGGGCGACGUGCGACAAACAAUCAAACAGUCACUCCCGGUAGAUGUUAAUAAGCCGUACGACCCAUCGACUCUCAAUCACAAAACAAUUCUUAUCACAGGAGGCGCUAAUGGCUUGGGCGCGCACAUGGUCCGGCAUUGGGCCGCUCAUGGUGCCAAUGUUGUGAUUGGCGAUGUUGCGGACAGAGCUGGCGAGGAGCUCGUGGCUUCUCUUCGAAUGGCAUAUCCUAAAGGGGUUUUUGAGUUCCGACACUGCGAUGUCACAGAUUGGGAAUCUCAGGUCAGCCUGUUCGAUGCCGCGGCCAAAGCCAGCCCACACGGUUCUAUAGAUAUUGUGGUGCCCAAUGCAGGAAUUAUUCUCCCCGGGGAGGCAACCAAAUUCGAAAAUCCCGACUUGGUGAAUGGCAAAUUGCCCGAGCCCAACACAGCUACUCUUGAUGUAAAUGUCAAAGGAGUCAUUUUCACCGCUCACCUUGCGCUAUAUUACCUUCCACAAAACAAAAGUCCCGAUCGAUGUUUUCUGUUCGUCGGCUCUGUGGCAUCACUCAUCCCUCUUCCUGGUCAGAGUCAUUAUUGCAUGAGUAAACAUGCCGUGCUCGGCCUCUUUCGCUCAAUGCGCGGAACCGCAUUUUUGAAGGGAAUCCGCAUAAACAUGAUCGCACCCUACUAUAUUGCACAGACUAAGAUGCUACAGCCAACCGCCGAGGCACUUUUGCUCUCUGGCUCUGCAGGGCCGGGACAAGUUCCCGAUGUGGUCGACGCAGCCACGCGUUUGAUUGCCGAUGAAUCCAUAGUUGGUCGUGCUCUCGUUGUUGGCCCACGGUUAAAGCCCCACGAUUCCGAGGGAGUCGAUAAUGGUAGUGGCUUGCUAGGUAUAGAGGAUCCAAACCAGGCUCAAGGAAUUUGGGAAUGCUACGCCCAUGAUUACGACCAGGUGGAAACAUUUGUGAAGAGGUACUUGUGGCUUCUGAAUGCCGCCGCUCGGGCACGAGGGAUGCUUGCUUGGAUUCGUGAUAUUAUCUCCAUCUGGAAGCGAGGCUAA